AAUAAUCCCAUUUAGGCCAAAGCAUUUCUAGCUACUAAAAUAAGUAAGAAAAAAAAAAAUGGCUGCCUCAGUUAUGGCUUCGUCUUCUUCAAUAAGGCUUAAACCUAAUGUCAAUGUCGAUAAAUCAGGUGGUAGCAGAGGCGUCCCUUCCCUUGCUAGGGUUCCGUCUUCUUUCAAGGUUGAAUCUGGUAGUGGCAAGAAGAAGAUCAAGACCGAUAGCCCUUACGGAAUUAAUGGUGGCUUGAACUUAAAGGAUGGUGUUGAUGCUUCUGGAAGAAGGGCUAAGGGAAAGGGUGUCUAUCAAUUUGUCGACAAAUAUGGUGCUAAUGUCGAUGGGUACAGUGCAGCCCCAUAUACGACCCCAACGACUGGUCUCCCAGCGGUGAUGUUUAUACCGGUGGGACUACAGGAUUGGCAAUAUGGGCAGUUACCCUAGCCGGAAUUCUCACCGGAGGAGCUCUUUUGGUUUACAACACAAGUGCUUUGGCACAGUAGAUAAAUAUAUUUCUAUUAGUGAUACUUGUAUUAUAGUCUCCAAGAUGUAAUUAUGUUCUAAUCAAAAUAACUUAAGCAACAA